AUGUUGUACGAACUGAUUGCGAUUGCACGGGUGUCGAACCCGCUGCAGGUGCACACGGAGGCCAAGGCGUUGGCGUCCACCAUCGGAAAACUAGUGAUCAACAACAAGGGCGUGGUCCGGGAGGUUCAGUCGCUCGGGUGCCGGCCGCUCCCGAAGAUCAUGACGAAGGCCGGCGAGCAGCACUUCCAGGGGUCGCACUUUCUCAUGCUGUUCGACUCGUCGAGUGCGGUGCAGAGAGAAAUCAUCCGGUCGUUGAAAAACGACCCGAGAGUGAUCCGGGUCAACCUGCUCAGGGUCGACGACAAGACGAACCUCAACCCGGGGAGCUCGUACGCGAGAGCGGUGCAGUCCAUGUCGCAGUCGAGCUAG